CGUCCCCUUUAAGAAAACUCUGAGCUGCCGGAAACCGCAGUAAAGUGUCGCGCUGCAGCCGCGCAGUGACACUUUCAUAGGAACAGCUGACCUGAAACCACAUGGAUGAGAAAGUAGAUCCUGGAUCAGCUAAGACAUGGUGGAGGUGUUUGCCGGGCGGACCAUCCUGAACAAAGAGGGGGAAAUCGUGGACCCUGAGGAGGCGCUGAGGAACAAAGUGGUGGGGAUCUACUUCUCUGCAGGGUGGUGUCCGCCCUGCAGGGACUUCACCCCCAUCCUGUGUGACUUCUACACAGAGCUGGUGGAGGAGAGGGAGCCCGCCGCUCAGUUUGAGAUCGUGUUCGUCUCCUCUGAUAAGUCUGCUGAUGAUAUGGUGGAGUAUUACCACGACAUGCACGGGGACUGGCUGGCUCUGCCCUGGACAGACGACUACAAGAACGAGUUGAAGCAGCGCUACAAGAUCACGGCGGUCCCGAAGCUGGUGAUCGUGAAGGAGAACGGGGACGUGAUCACGGAGAAAGGACGGAAGCAGAUCCGGGACAAAGGGCUGUCCUGCUUCAGGUCCUGGCUCGACGCCGCAGAAAUCUUCCAGAACUUUAAGGGGUAGAAAACAGGGGAAAACAUCCACUAAUAUAAUAUAUUUAAGCUGCUCUCCAGAGGUCUGAAGAGGCAGCAGACCAUUGAAGGGAUUUGAAAGAGCAAUAUUUCUGGUUCAUAAAAUUCAGCUUUUUAAUCAAAUUUGUCAAUUUUUCCUGUUUUUAGAAAACUGAGAAGAGAGUUUGCAGACUGAAGCCAUAACAUUAAUUCAUUUCCUAAUUCAACGUUCAGUUGGACAGGCAAUUAGAAAUAUAGUGGGCCAAAUGAAACCAUUACAUCAAAUCAAAUGCAUUAUUUUCUCUAUUUUAUAUACAAUUCCAAUGAUUCCUUUUGUGCUGGAAAACUUUAACAAUACCAGUUUGAAAACCAUUAAAAGAUCUGUAUAUUUAAAUUGAUUUGAUCAGAUCUGGAUUCUUCAAAAUACAUUCUAUGCACUCUAAAAAUUAUUCAAAUUAAACAAAGGUAAAAUCAAACGUUUGGAUAAAAAAACCAAAGUCCUGCUUUGAUUAAGGGUGUAUGUUUUGGAGAGCUGCUUCAGAGGCGGAGGACCCGGCUGUCUGAGUCCGUUUACAGGACGUUUAGAGACAGAAACUAAUCCGCCCGACGACACCGGCGGAGAUUCAGAUAAAAAAUGAACAGCAAAAUGUUCUAAAUAAAUGUGAGAUUGCAGCUCAGGGUGGAAGAGGUUGAGAUGUUUUGAAGGUGAAACUAGCAGGAAGUUGGUUUGAGUAGAUAUGGAUUCAUUCUAAGGGUUAACAUCCUAUGCAUUUGAACUUUAACCUCAGGCUUUUCCAUCAUUUUAUACCUUAAAUACUCCCUGCUUUAAGGAAAGUGUGCAUUAGUUUGAGUCAUUUAAAGCUGUACCUCAUUUAAAAACAUGUCCAUUAUUGGUGUUUAUAAGCUUAUGCUCUAAUUGAAUACAGCUUUUAUUAUAUCUUCUUCUUUUGUAUAUUUAACUCGUAGCUUUGAGCUGCCUGUAUAUUUUUGUAUUUCUUUCUCUGAGUUGUUGAGGCGGUUAUUAUUAAAAAGGAGAUGUAUAUUCUGA